AUGAAGAAGCCACGGGUAAGCCCACCAGGUACGAUAUGGAACUUUACCCACAAGAGGUUUGGGGACCGACUCGAGACUAGGCUCCACAGCCCCGGGGUGUCAUGGAUGCAGGCGGAUGGUGUUGAUGUUGGAGUUCAAGUCGAUACCAUCACCCCUGAACUGCGAGCCCUGUACAAUGUGUUGGCUAAAAUCAAGAGAGAUAGAGACGAGUACAGAAAAAAAUGGGAGGAGGAGCUGUCUAGGCGCCAGCAGAUGGAGGCCAUGGUGGAGACACUACAGGAGAGUGCCCAGGAGUCUGAGGUGGUUCAGGGGGAGCUCACUGACAAGGUGGAGAGACUCAAGACAGAGCUGGGGGUCUUCAAGAGCCUCAUGACCGAUAAUGAAAUGUCAGAAUUGGACACUGCGAUCCAGGAGAAGGCCAUGAAGGUGGACAUGGAUAUCUGCAGACGCAUUGACAUCACGGCCAAACUAUGUGAUGUGGCCCAUCAACGCAACUCCGAAGACAUGAGCAAGAUGUUCAACAUGAGUCCCCACAUGAGCCCCUCCAGAGCAACCCCAGAGAGCAAGGGGGCUGGUGCUGCGUCGUGCAGGAAGAAAGAGCGUAAGGCUGUGUGUGAGGAGAGGAGUCCUGAGAUGGAAGCUGAGUCUGGUGGGGGAGAGGAGGAUGAAGAGGAGCACGUCAUAGGGUCACUCAACAUCACAGACGAGAUGAAACGCAUGCUCAACCAGUUGAGGGAGACGUUUGACUUUGAUGACGACUGUGACAGCCUGGCUUGGGAGGAGAAUGGGGAGACACUGCUCCUCUGGGAGGACUUCGCCAACUACAACACCCCAUGUGCUGCAGCCAGCGCAUCUCAGGAUGGCAGUCUGGGUAGCCUGAUCGACGAGACCGAGAUGCUUUUCCAGAACCGAGAGAAGGAGUACCAGGAGACCAUGGGGCAAAUAGAGUAUGAGUUGGCUACAGCUAAGAGUGAUAUGAACCGUCACCUACAGGAGUACAUGGAGAUGUGUUCUAUGAAGAGAGGCCUGGAUGUGCAGAUGGAAACCUGCAGAAGACUCAUCAAGGGUUCAGGGGGCAACGGCAGGAAGUCUCCAUCAUUCAGCUCGGUGGCGAGCAGCGACUCAGGGAACAGUGAUGAGAUCCAGGAGGAGCUGGAGAAGGACGGAGAGGCAGUAGGAGGGGUCAGCUGA